AUGGAGAGAACAACAACCUCACCGCCCACCGGCGGCGGAAUCCCCGGCCUGUUCCUCCUCAGCGACCCCACCACCACCUCGACAGAAGAGACAAUGAUGGAUGCUGCCCCCCCCACCAGCGCUGAGAACACAGACACAGACACAAUUAAAACCGAGAAGGGCGAUACCACCACCCCCAAUCCCAAUCCUACUACAACUGCUACAAAUGAUUCCCUCUCAAAAGAGGACUUCAAGUUCGCCCUCGACCCCGCUGCGCAAACGGGCGAAAAAGCCAUCAAGGCCGAGGAGAAAGAGGGGCCGCAAUGGCCACAGGAACAGGAGCAGCAACAGCCACAGGAACAGGGGCAGGACAGCCAUAUGCAGGACGACAGCAAGCCCGUUAAAAAAGAAGAAGAAGAAGAAGAAGAAGAAGAAGAAGACACCGGGCCCCCAGAAGCCGAGACCGCCCUCCACUCCGCCGCCGUCAAGCCCGAGCCCGUCUCCACAGACGACGUCCCCAUGGGCGACACCGACCCCGAAGCAGCCUUCCAAGCCGCCGCCCUCGCCAACAAGUCCGAGCCCACCGCCGAGUGGGAGCUCGACUCCGACGCCUCCGAUUCUUCCGACUCCGACAGCACCUCCUCCGCCGGCUCCUCCGACUACGACCUCCUCGACCCGUCCUCCCUCGCGGCACUGCUAAUGGACGAGGCCUCCGACCACUCCGACACCGACGGCCACCCCUCGCGCUCCGCCCUCAAGACCAAGAACGAGAUCCCCGAGUCCGCGCUCCCCAUCGAGCGCCCCACCAUCACCCUCACCCCCACCCACCCCAUCACGCACCUCGGCACCGUCACCACCCUCCUCGGCACCACCCUCCUCAUCACCGCCGCCACCCCCGGCGACCACCGCGUCCUCAACGAGUCCUCCCUCCUCUGCACCGCCGACCGCACCAUCCUCGGCACCGUCUCCGACAUCUUCGGCCGCGUCGAGCAGCCCCUCUACACCGUGCGCUUCGCGACCCCCGCAGAGCUCUCCGAGACCGGCGUGGCCGUCGGCGACGCCGUCUACUACGUGCCCGACCACAGCUCGUACGUGUUCACGGCGCCGCUGCGCGCCGUCAAGGGCAGCGACGCGAGCAACCUGUACGACGAGGAGGUGCCGGAGGGGGAGAGGGAGUUUAGCGACGAUGAGGCGGAGGCUGAGGCGAGGCGCGGGAAGAGGAAGGCGAGGGCGGGGGAUAAGAGGCGCGCGGAUGGAAAGAAGGUGGUGAAGGAGACGGAUGAGCCGUAUGUGCCGUUGGCGAGGCCCGCGAAUCUGCAGGAGAUGCUGGCGGGGCCGCCGCCGCCGCCGCCGCCGUCGCGAGGGAGGGGAGGUGGAGCAGGAGGAGGGGGUGGUGGGGGUGGAAGGGGGGGCCGGAAUGAGCGUGGUGGCCGCGGCGGGCAGAGGGGCCGUGAUGGGCGUGGGCGUGGUGGUGGAGGUAGUGGAGGCAGCGGUGUCGGCCGCCGCGAAGACCAACACCACCCCCAACAUCAGCAACAACCCCAACACCCCCAGCACCCGCAGCAGCAACCCUACCCCCCCCAAUUCCCCGCGCAGCCCCAAUACCCGCCCCAAUACCCCCCCCCUCAACAACAGCAACAGCCGCAACCCCAAUACGCCCCCCACCACCCGCACUUCCCGCAGCAGCAACAGCAGCACUGGACGCCACCGCCCUUCCCGCAGUUCCCGCAGUUCCCACAGUUCCCGCAGCAGCAGCAGCAGCAGCAGGGCUUCUAUCCACAGACGCUCCCGCAGGGCGCGCACGUCAAUCCCGCGUUCUUCCAGGGGCACAGCUGGCCGCCGCCGCCGCCACCACCGCCUCAGCAGCAGCAGCAGCAGAGGGUGGAUCCAGAGGCGUUUAGGGCGCUGCAGAACUUGUUGAGUCUUAGUAGGGGUGCGCAGCAGGGGCAGGGUGGUCAGGGUGGGCAGGGGCAGGGGCAGUAG